AUGGGGGAGGAAAGUUCUGAUGCAAUGAACCUUGAUUUGAAUCUGGGUCCAGACCCAGAACCACCAACUGGCUCUAUAACCAAUGAGGCUUUGAACUUGGAUGAUUGGAUUGAGGAGCCUCUUCAGCGAAUUAGCGAAGCUGCUGCAAGGCUUAGGGGGAGACAGAGAUGGAGAUGGAGGCAACUUCCGAUUUCUCCUCCUUAUCCUCAGCAAGUUCAUCGCAUUUUACCUCAGCCUUAUGCUCAAGUUCAUCAAGUUCUACCGGAACCUGCACAUCAUAUUUAUAUCCCACCUGAAGCUCGCAAUAUCUCUAUUGAAUUGAACAAUUUUUUGGUGAACUCGGGUAAUGGAACGGGGUUACAGGCUGGGGAAGGAAGUGUGGCGGCUGUGGAGAGAAUGGAGGAAGAGGAGGAGCCGUUGAAAGCGUGUGAGAAUAACAAUGGUGUUAUGGAGGAUGAGAUGUUGCAGAAGAAGGAUGAUGUUGAAAAGACUGGUGGCAGCGAUGGGGACUUUUUUGAUUGUAAUAUCUGUUUGGACCUGUCCAAGGAGCCUGUUUUGACUUGCUGCGGUCAUCUGUUUUGUUGGCAGUGCCUAUAUCGAUGGCUGCAUCUGCAUUCAGAUGCUAAGGAGUGUCCGGUUUGCAAAGGGGAGGUGACAAUUAAGAGUGUUACCCCCAUAUAUGGCCGUGGGAACAAUGCUCGUGUCCUUGAGGAGGAUUCCACUCUUAAAAUUCCUCCUAGGCCACAAGCAAAGCGUGUUGAAAGUCUGAGACAAACCAUUAUGAGAAAUGCAUCUGCGCUCCCUGUAGAGGAGAUGAUUCGGCGUCUUGGAAACAGAAUUGAUCUCACUCGGGAUCUAGUUCAGCCAAAUGAAACAGAAAAUGCCCGUGGAACAGUAGAGAGAACUACUUCCUUGCUAAGUAGGUUUUUGACAUCUCGAGGCAUGAGGAGAGAGCAGAAUCCCGUGGCACCACCGGAAGAUGUUGCAGGUUUGAAUCAGAACAAUGUUAAUGGUGCUGACUUGGGAGGGGAUAACCGCAGGGUGCAAUCUCUUUUGCUUCGGAGAUCACAAUCACAUAGAGCUACACUUUCUAGUCUUUCAUCAGCAUUGACUUCUGCUGAAAGGUUGGUUGAGGCAUAUUUCCGUAGCAACCCAUUAGGAAGAAACCAAGAACAACCACCUACUUCAGUUGAUGACAGAGAUUCCUUUUCAAGCAUUGCCGCUGUCAUAAAUUCAGAAAGUCAAGUGGACACUGCCGUAGAAAUUGAUUCCAUGGUAACCUCUUCUAGGAGGAGAGCUGAUGCUUCAAGAUUGUCUGAUGUGGACAGUGGAGAUUCUCGUGCUCCAAGGCGCAGACGUCUGAACUAA